UGCUAAUUCUUUGCCUCGAUUGCUCAUUGAAAAGAGGUUUAAAAGUGCGUUCUUAUAUCACAAUUUGUCGCAGCAUUCACCCAUCCAACAUCUAGCAUCUCCAGGACAGUUGCAAUACCAGCAUCGACCAUGGCCGACUCUCGACUUUUUGAACCCCUCUCCCUUGGAAGAUUGAAGCUGAAGCACCGCAUCGGCAUGUGUCCACUCACAAGAUUUCGCGCAUCCGAUGACCAUGUUCCGUUGGAUAUCAUGGCUACUUACUACGCCCAGCGUGCCUCAGAGCCUGGUACUUUGCUAGUCUCUGAAGGCACCUUUAUCUCGCCUCAGCAAGGCGGUUAUGCAAACGUCCCUGGCAUAUACAAUGAAGCCCAAAUCAAGGCGUGGCGCAAAGUCACCGAUGAUGUGCACUCAAAGGGGAGUUUCAUCUACUGUCAAUUGUGGGCUCUUGGCCGCACAGCAAACGAAGAAGUAGCGAAAGCCGAAGGUAUUACCAUCACCAGCUCAAGUGCGGUUCCGGUCACCCCCAAGAGCAAAAUACCGGUUCCUUUGUCCGCACAGGAAAUCAAGUCCACCGUUCGGGACUACGUGAAAGCCGCGCAAAAUGCAAUCGAGGCGGGAUUCGACGGCGUCGAACUACACGGCGCAAAUGGUUAUCUGAUUGACCAGUUCCUACAAGAUACCUGCAACCAGCGAGAAGACGAGUAUGGGGGCAGCAUUGAGAACCGUUCCCGCUUUUGCUUUGAAGUGGUACAAUCCGUCGCAGCCGCAAUCGGUGCUGACCGCACCGCUAUUCGCUUCAGUCCAUGGAGUACGUUUAACAGCAUGAGGAUGGAAAAUCCGAUUCCUCAAUUUUCCGACAUCAUCAGCAAGCUUGAUCAGCUUGGUCUUGCUUACCUGCAUCUUGUCGAAUCGAGGAUUGCGGGUAAUGUAGAUGUUGAUGUUUCCGAUACCCUUCAAUUCGCCUAUGACAUUUGGACUGGCCCAUUCCUUGUAGCUGGAGGAUUUCGACCAGAAACAGCUCGUAAACUUGUGGAUGAACAACAGAAGGACAAGAACAUCGUUGUCAUGUUUGGUCGAUACUUUAUUUCAACCCCAGAUCUACCAUUUAGGGUCAAGUGCAAUCUUGAACUAAACAAGUAUGACAGGAGCACCUUCUAUACCCCUAAGCAACCGCACGGAUACAUAGAUUAUGAUUUCAGCCCAGAGUUCCUCAGAACAAGGGAGCAGGUAACGGCAGCUUGAAUUUUCAUCGACAAUCAGUUUGAGCUUUUGAACGACUUUCCAGAAUGUGAAGCUAGUAGUUUAACGCAUAGCGUCUGCUGCUAUUCUAGUCUCAGCCUUUACAAAACAUUUCUGGAGGAUUUUUGUCACAGAAAAUGACCACAAUCUGAGUUUUUGUUGUUAGAUUCGACUUAUUAAGAGAAACCAACAAAUCUUAGAGGAUUUCUGGUCAUAUAAAGCUUAAUCAGUUUCGAGACUCGUUAGAAGAAAAUACCAUAACGAUGCACAUAAGCUUCACCAUAAGUCCGAUAAAAUUUCCAUGAGCUGUUCUUGGUUAGUUGAAGCACCAAGUAUGGUGGAAGCCUUGAUUCACUCACCCUCGCUUCAUAGUCUAUGUCUCG